GAAGAAAGGAAGAGGCAGCAGCGGCCAGGCUCAGCUCCUAAGGUAAUUGCCUGGCCUUCCCAUUAGCAGGGAACAUUUGGGAUGGAGAGACUGAGGCAGAGAGCUUGAGCUGCUCAAGACUGCACAGUAAGUCCACCUCAGAGCCAGGAUUAGAACUCAGGCAUCCCUGCCUUCUGCCCUUGUGCUCAGCCUGCUGGACCAAGCGCUCUCUCUCUUUCCUGAAGCCAAAUGGAAUGUGCCUGGUACCUUUGUGUCUGCAGCCUCCUCUGUGUCUGGCCUGCGGCAGCAGGACAUCCUUGCAGCAUUGACAGUAAGGGAUGGGCUGACUGCAGUGGAAAGAGUCUUCUACACACUCCAGAUUCCCUUCCUGGAAACAUCACCAGCUUGGACCUUUCCUUCAACUCCUUGGCAAUGCUCAGAAGUGGGACUUUCUUGAUACACUUCCCUUCUCUACGUGCUCUAAACCUCUCCAACAACAUCAUUCCCAUGCUCUAUCCAGCAGUCUUCUCUAACCUCUGGGCACUUCAUCUGCUGGACCUGAGCAGCUGUAACAUCUCCCACCUUCACCCAGAAGCUUUCCAGGGCUUGAGAAACCUGCACAUGCUGCUCCUGAAAAACAAUAAGCUUCAGAUUCUGCAGCUGCCUGCGUUCCUUGCCUUCGGAGCCCUUGUCUAUCUGGAUCUGCAGAAUAAUGAUCUGCUCUCUGUGGAUGCACUAGUCCUGCAGCUGAUGGAAAGAACCCAUCAGAUCCUGCUUCAGGGGAAUCCCUGGGUCUGUAAUUGUUCCAUGUAUCCUUUCCAGCAAUGGCUACAACAAAGAAGAGGUGUGCAAGUACUCUGUGCCUCUCCACCAGAACUCCAGGGCCAGGAGGUCAAGACCCUGAACUUUCAGGAUCUGGGCUGCAAGAGAAAACAGUGGUUUCCUCAAGCUCAGCCUUCACUCAGAAGAAAACUGCUGGCCACAGUGCAGAGAAAUGACACAACCACCAUGUCGCCGGCAGGGAAGGGAGGGAACAGCUGGCCAUACUUGGUGGGCUUCCUUGUAUCAGCUAUUGGCAUCUCCAUCCUGAUUGCAUUGGCUGCAAAGUGCAAACUAUUCCAUAAGAACUUUGCCAGCUACCGCCACCAGCCACUGCCUGACACCAGCUCAAUGGGAGGCAGCCAUGCUGAGAGCGGGGUUGCCUGGGAGGAGAAUCAAUCCAUGCCUAGUGCUACUGGGCUGCAACUGGAGGAUGAUGAUGGCUUCAUUGAAGAUAACUACAUCCAGCCAAGUGAACGGCUGCAGGAGGAAGACUAAUUGGAGCCACAUUCUCCCCGUGAGGCUGGGACUUCACCCAGGCUCCCCUCCCAGCCAUCCCUCUUCACCUUCUGGGGCCAGGGCUUUCAACUCCUAGCCUGUCAUUUCAGCUCUUGGCAUCCCAGGACGCCCACCUCCACUCCGAGCCUUCCUUCUCCAUCGAGUUGUCAGUAUUCUUGUUUUAGCUUCCACUGUUUAACUUAGGGGGUGGGACCAACAUGAAAAAAGGAGGAGCUGAGAAAUGACUUGAAAGAAGGGUGUGAUGAGGAAGGGGUUGGCAUGGGAGAGGGGAUAAUGGGAGCAGAGCUUCCUGGGAAACUAUUAGGGUCCAAUUUUAUCUCUGGUGUAACAGCACCAACUUCAGUGGUGUUACACUAGGGAACAAUACAGCCCACAGUGGAGGGAGGUCUGCCUUGGCACUGAAAACAAACUGCUCUUUGCAUCUUUGCUUCAGUAUUUGAAAUGCCAUAAAGCACAGUGAAAGCCAGCCUGGUGCAGCCUUUGCUCCUAGCAUGAAGUCAGGGAGAAACCCCCAUCCUCAGCACCAGCCUCACGCACCCUAGCCUGAGCCAGAAUUCCAGAUGACCAGCACUGAGAUGGACACACUCCAGCACAGACACUCCAGAUUCUGAGAGCCUGGUGACAUCGCACAGAGAAGACAAAGACUAGAACAUCCCCCAUGAAACUCUGACUCUCUGUAGCCUCCAGUGACUCUGCCCUGGAGAGGGAGGUACUGCCCAUCAACACGACAAAGCCACUAACCUGUGUAUCAAGCCUGCUUUCCGAUCCUAGCUCAUAUGAGAGCUCAGAAGCCAUAGGAGGGGAAAAGCCAGGGACAGUUAUAAGAGGAGCAUCUGGGAAGCUAUCUGGUUGUGGUGCCAAACAGGCUAUGUUGUUUAACCUGAAUGUAUGUGGCUGCACAGCCUGCCUCACUGUCAUGGCUCCUUCCACUUCAGAGCUGAACUUUGAGUUUAUUCCUUUUGAUUGGCUGCCCUCCUGGUUACAAGGCCCAGCACUUGCUGUGUGAGCUGGCUGCUGAGUUCUGAAACAAGAUUAAUGAAAUCUCUAACACACAGUAAUGUUAUCGUUAUGCCUAUCAUUAUCCUGAAGAGUCCUAGCUUUACAGGCUGCAUCUGUGGGGAUGCUUCAUCCAAGGGUGAAAUGCAGCCAUCUCUUUAAGAGAACAGAAGGCAAAGGAGAAUCCUGGGUCUAGUAGAAACUGCACAAGCAUAUGUCAACCUAAUAAAAUUCACAUUUUUUUAACUUUGUGUGCAGGGUGAAGACAAGCAGCUUUCUCUCUUUAUUUUGUGCAAACCCCCUCCUUCCCCACCAGUGUUAUGCUGUUCACAUGUAUCACACCUGGUAAACUCCUUAUGUCUUUGUUUCCUCUGUGGAGUGCUAUAUGCAAAUAUUAAAUAAUCAAACAGAUUCAGGGAACAGUAUAGAAGUCCCAGAAUUAGAAUGGGGACAAAACACUGGGGUUAAUACUCCAUUCCUUAAAACAAAGGGUUCUGAAAUCUUAAAUCCUUUGGGGGAAAAAAAUCAGCUGAUUCCAGGAAGGAUAGCACCAAGAAACUAGCCAAAUUUUAGGGGUUUAGGGACAUCAUUAGGGAUUUCUAACUAUCCUCAGCUGGAAUCCCCUCUUUCCACAGACCUGUGAUCCUGACCUCAUCUCUGACCUGUCAUUUCGCCUUAGCAUGAUUCCGUCAGAAGAGGAUUACAGGGUUGGGAUUCAAAAUCAGUCUGUGUUUCUACUCUUAAAAUUGCUUUCCCAGCCUGGCUUGUUCCAACAUAAUUUAACUGCUGGGAAAGAAUUGGUGCCAACUAUCCUGAUUUUAUCAUGACUCAUGAUAUUUGGUGUUUUCCUUAAGGUCCCAGCUCCUAGAAGCACGUGAAUUGGGUCAGGUCAAAAGCAUGCAGAGAGAAGAAAGGGAUAAGAGGAAGAUAGUGAGGGCCUGGAAAGAUCAUACAAGGAAAGGGAAGACAAAGCAGGAUUUCACAUGUAUCAACCUAGGGUCCUUGCUGGCUCAGUUGUGAUGGCCAAAUGUCCUCACUGGUGUGCUGAGGUGUGGGCAUCUCCAAUGAUCCUUAAAGUUCAUCAUCAAAGGACAGUGUCUGGAACAAAGUAGAAGUUUGUUUGACCAUUCCCCAAGGAAUCCCCCAGGAGUCCAUAUUUUUUCUCCCCAAAGUCUCUUUUUGGAAGUCUGCGAGGGAUGCAAUGGGUCAAAUAGGUCCUUAUUGUUCUAACCUCCACUGGACCAGAAUUGGGUAUAUCAGAAAUUAGGCCUAUUAUUUUCUGGUUCCUAUCCCCUCUUGUUUACAGUCUUGACCUCACCAUAAUCCUUGUGUCAUAUCGGUCAUCCUUUUCUGUUUAUACCAAACCAGGCUGUCUCUUUUUCAUAGAUGCCCUUUCUAUAACAUUAAUAGUUAUGGGUUCUUGUAACAUUUUUAUGAACUUUCAUCCACUUCCCAACAAUUGAGCUCAUAGUGAGGAUAGCCCUACAAGACCUCAAUAAUUAAAACAAGUGACACGAUUUUUUUGGGACCUGACUCAUAACUUUUGACUGUCUGAGGUUGACCAUAAUCGGGAUGAAUGAGAUAUCCCUGCAGGUAGGUGUACUAUGUGAGUCUCCCCCCGAACCAAUCACCACUGACCCCACCUCCUCACUAUCAGAAGUCUUCCCUGUUUCUCAGUCACCCCCACCUCAGUUCUGCACUCUCUAUUCCUCUACCAUAACCCUCCUACCCCAAUCUUCUCCUGGCCUGCAUGUCCCAUCCCACCUACCCCUCUCUGCCAGAAAUCUAGACAAAAAUCAUGUGACUCACAGGAG